CUACAAUGAAAUGAUAUAGUAAGAGGAAAUCAGAUGUUAAUAAUAAUUGUCUAACAACACUUGGAAAUUAAGUUGGUAUAGAGGAGUGGGUUCUUAACAGAGGUUUUUUCACUUAUCAUUAAGAAUAGUAGCAUUCCAGUAGUUAAAUUCUGUAAAAGAAAGAAAUCAUUUGCUGGUAGUUGCGGCAAAGUUCAGCCUGACACUGCUAAUCUUUCUUUGAAGUUGUUUCACACGAUGGACUUAGGGGCUGAAGUGAACGGGCGCCUGACAACACUGUUAUGGAAAGUGGAAAAGCUCCUUGAAAAUCAGGAAAGAGUUCUGAAAAAUCAGGACAAGCUAUUAAAGCUCGUGGAGAAUCAACAGGGAAUGUCACCGGCAAGAAGUUCAGUGUCAGUAGAUCGGGGCUUGGUAAAUGGAGUAAGAACUGUAAAUCAUGACCGUUCAGGACCUGACAAGCACAGCAAAUAUACAGGUGAAGUUAGUAUAUCGGCAAGUCUGCUGGAAGCUGUUGCUCAUGUAAAAAGUAAAUCACUUCAGGGUGACACCAGUUAUGUACCAGCGCCAUUUCCAAGCACUGUUGAUGGCAAGGUAUUUAAAGCUGCAUCAAGGAUAUUGGCUGGUUCGUCUACAUGUAACACUUCAGAGACUAAUGGAGCUCAGCACAGUCUAUCAAUACGCGAGUCUGCUGAUGAAAGUGUGGCACAUCAAAAUGCAGAAAUUGUCUCUCCAGUGUCAACAGCUCUUAAUGCUGGAUGUGUUAACUGUGAUAGCAGUAGUGGUAAUAAAGAUGAUCAAGAUGAGCAGUCUAGUGACACUGUGGAGGUAAAAGAGCUGUUGUCAUGGGCAGAAAGGAUUCAGAAAACAAGUUGCUCUGUGGGAAACUUUAGCGUCAACUUGGUAAAAGUUCUAUUUACAAAAGAUGAAAUGUUGAACAGAAAUUGCUCAGGCACAAGAGGAAAAGUUGCACUUGAUAGUGGAAAACUUGAUCUUAUUAAGUUCUGUGCAUUUAAACUGUAUUCUGUUCCUCCAGCCGAACAAGAUAUAGUCUGGAAACAUAAGUGCGUUGUAUCAAUUGAUGAGUUUCUGAGAAGAGGAAAUAGAGCUCGGGUUCAAAACAGAUCAAGGGACACUCCUUUAGACUUGUCAAUUACCGAUUGUGCGAGAGACGAUGUUAAAGUCAACACAAACAGUGUCGAUGAGACAUGCGAUAAGUAAACUAUCUUGCAAGCCUCAUACAUGUGUAUGGGGAUUGUCAAAAAAAUAGUCCUACAUCAUUCACGUGAGGUGCAUGUACCUUAUGAACAGUAGGCAAACAUAUUCAGUUUGUAUUGAUUUUAGCACACUGGUUUAUUGAGGUACCCUUUGUAUAUAAAUUUUGUUUUAUGAAAACUGCAUUUUAACAUUACGCUGAAUGUGCACCCAACUCUCAAGCCAUUUGACUGGAACAUGUUUGUUGUUACAGCAAAGAAAAUAGUUGUAGGUUCAGAUUUGGUAAUAUUAUAAUUCUAUACCAGUAUGUCAAGCUGGUCACAUUUUUAAUCGUUCAUUAAAAGUACAUAGAGUAUACAUCAUUUUAGAAAGGGUUUUUGUGGCAUCUGGCAACCUAGAAAAUAUCUCUUGCUAGACUUGGAAAAGGCUGCAGUUAGCCUUUAGUUGUCAGUGAAAUCUUUGUGGAUAGAAUCACUGAUUACGUUGGAUGUUGAUGAAGUAUGGAUGAUGUUUUGAGAAACAGUUUUCCCUUAAGACUAGUACAAAAAGAAGAUUGGCUUUUGGUGUUAUUUUCUUUGUAGAGGUAACUUGUAUAAUUUUUAUUAAAAUUAUCAGUUGCCUUGAGCUAAGUGGGGGUUUUCAUGUAUCCUUAUACAUGUACACUUACUCAUAGAGAUUGUGUUUGGUUUUUACAUUGAAUUUUGUAAGCUGUGAACAAAACUUUGACCAAGGUUACUAUAAAAUGUGAUGUUUUUUGGAAAGAAGAAAAAGAAUUCACAAGUUUACUAAUAUUGUAUGUAAUUUUAGUUUCUUAGCUUAACAUACUACUUGUAAGAUGCGUCAAAUAUAGAUCUUGUUAUUUUGAACCAAG